UUGUCCAUAACAAUUGUUGAUUUUUUCCAAAUAAAAAUCAAAAAUUUUAGGUAAAAUUAUGGUUGUGUUUUUUUUCUAGAAUCUAGACGAUUAUGGAGCCUUGUAAAGAUAAUAUGAUUCCCAAACAAGUUGAAGAAGGAGAUGGAAAAAUGCCGACAAAACAAGAAACAGAUGGUGUCGAUGAAAAUACUGUCCGGCGUGAUGAAUCCUGUGUGAAGGCAAUGAUAAAACGUUAUCGUACUAAUAGCGCAACAACAUUAACCAGUGAUAGUCGUACAAUAAUCGAAUACGUAUCUGAUAAGCUAAAAUUUCGUGGUAAAGGUUGUGAAGCUUCCUUUUCGGAUAAAACCAAAAAACAAGCUGAAUUAAUCAAAAGAUUACUUGAACAGCAAAAAAUUCAACCCAUUAAACAGAAACAAUCAAGUCCGAGAAAAAUGCAAACACCAUCACAAAUGAUGAACGAAAAAGAUAAUAGCAAUUCGGAAGACUUGUCCGAAGAUUUCGACAUCUCAAUGCAUGAUAAUGAUGAUGCUGUUCGCAAUGAUCCAUUGGCUACCAGUAAAACUUUCGCGAAUAUUAUAUUGGCAAUCUAUAUGUUUUCCACUGUCAUACCAUUAAUAAUUCAUUUCUCUCAACCCCGAUUAAUGUACAUCGUCAUUUUCACCAAUCUUUCUAUAUUAUUUCUGAUAAUUCGUUGGGCAUUUUCACGUUGGUUCCAUCUUGAAUUUUCAAUAGCGACAAUAUUGAACAUCCCGGUAUCCAUUGCAUAUAUUGUUCAUGUUUAUAGUGAAACGCCGAAAACAACAAAAUCAACCAUUUCAAACAUAUUACAGAUAAUGAUGAGUGAUGAAAUUGAAAUCAAUACAACGAUUAAUACGAAAAAACUUUCAUCUAGUUCGUCGAGUAAACGAAAAUCAAGUCUACAGGUAAUGUCCAAACAAAGACAUCAAAAAUCCGGUAGCGGUAGUGGGAAAAUGGGUGUAGUCAUUCAAAGUCCAAUAAAUGAACAAGACAACAACUUUUGACAUGAAAAUGAAUAAAUUUUUCUCUUUUUAUUAUGGAAAAAAUCCAUCCAAAAUAUUGUCUUUACUUGUC